AUGUACUGGAUGUGUGUCGAAAGUCCAGCAGUGUCGAAAGUCCAGCAGUGUCGAAAGUCCAGCAGUGUCGAAAGUCCAGCAGUGUCGAAAGUCCAGCAGUGUCGAAAGUCCAGCAGUGUCGAAAGUCCAGCAGUGUCGAAAGUCCAGCAGUGUCGAAAGUCCAGCAGUGUCGAAAGUCCAGCAGUGUCGAAAGUCCAGCAGUGUCGAAAGUCCAGCAGUGUCGAAAGUCCAGCAGUGUCGAAAGUCCAGCAGUGUCGAAAGUCCAGCAGUGUCGAAAGUCCAGCAGUGUCGAAAGUCCAGCAGUGUCGAAAGUCCAGCAGUGUCGAAAGUCCAGCAGUGUCGAAAGUCCAGCAGUGUCGAAAGUCCAGCAGUGUCGAAAGUCCAGCAGUGUCGAAAGUCCAGCAGUGUCGAAAGUCCAGCAGUGUCGAAAGUCCAGCAGUGUCGAAAGUCCAGCAGUGUCGAAAGUCCAGCAGUGUCGAAAGUCCAGCAGUGUCGAAAGUCCAGCAGUGUCGAAAGUCCAGCAGUGUCGAAAGUCCAGCAGUGUCGAAAGUCCAGCAGUGUCGAAAGUCCAGCAGUGUCGAAAGUCCAGCAGUGUCGAAAGUCCAGCAGUGUCGAAAGUCCAGCAGUGUCGAAAGUCCAGCAGUGUCGAAAGUCCAGCAGUGUCGAAAGUCCAGCAGUGUCGAAAGUCCAGCAGUGUCGAAAGUCCAGCAGUGUCGAAAGUCCAGCAGUGUCGAAAGUCCAGCAGUGUCGAAAGUCCAGCAGUGUCGAAAGUCCAGCAGUGUCGAAAGUCCAGCAGUGUCGAAAGUCCAGCAGUGUCGAAAGUCCAGCAGUGUCGAAAGUCCAGCAGUGUCGAAAGUCCAGCAGUGUCGAAAGUCCAGCAGUGUCGAAAGUCCAGCAGUGUCGAAAGUCCAGCAGUGUCGAAAGUCCAGCAGUGUCGAAAGUCCAGCAGUGUCGAAAGUCCAGCAGUGUCGAAAGUCCAGCAGUGUCGAAAGUCCAGCAGUGUCGAAAGUCCAGCAGUGUCGAAAGUCCAGCAGUGUCGAAAGUCCAGCAGUGUCGAAAGUCCAGCAGUGUCGAAAGUCCAGCAGUGUCGAAAGUCCAGCAGUGUCGAAAGUCCAGCAGUGUCGAAAGUCCAGCAGUGUCGAAAGUCCAGCAGUGUCGAAAGUCCAGCAGUGUCGAAAGUCCAGCAGUGUCGAAAGUCCAGCAGUGUCGAAAGUCCAGCAGUGUCGAAAGUCCAGCAGUGUCGAAAGUCCAGCAGUGUCGAAAGUCCAGCAGUGUCGAAAGUCCAGCAGUGUCGAAAGUCCAGCAGUGUCGAAAGUCCAGCAGUGUCGAAAGUCCAGCAGUGUCGAAAGUCCAGCAGUGUCGAAAGUCCAGCAGUGUCGAAAGUCCAGCAGUGUCGAAAGUCCAGCAGUGUCGAAAGUCCAGCAGUGUCGAAAGUCCAGCAGUGUCGAAAGUCCAGCAGUGUCGAAAGUCCAGCAGUGUCGAAAGUCCAGCAGUGUCGAAAGUCCAGCAGUGUCGAAAGUCCAGCAGUGUCGAAAGUCCAGCAGUGUCGAAAGUCCAGCAGUGUCGAAAGUCCAGCAGUGUCGAAAGUCCAGCAGUGUCGAAAGUCCAGCAGUGUCGAAAGUCCAGCAGUGUCGAAAGUCCAGCAGUGUCGAAAGUCCAGCAGUGUCGAAAGUCCAGCAGUGUCGAAAGUCCAGCAGUGUCGAAAGUCCAGCAGUGUCGAAAGUCCAGCAGUGUCGAAAGUCCAGCAGUGUCGAAAGUCCAGCAGUGUCGAAAGUCCAGCAGUGUCGAAAGUCCAGCAGUGUCGAAAGUCCAGCAGUGUCGAAAGUCCAGCAGUGUCGAAAGUCCAGCAGUGUCGAAAGUCCAGCAGUGUCGAAAGUCCAGCAGUGUCGAAAGUCCAGCAGUGUCGAAAGUCCAGCAGUGUCGAAAGUCCAGCAGUGUCGAAAGUCCAGCAGUGUCGAAAGUCCAGCAGUGUCGAAAGUCCAGCAGUGUCGAAAGUCCAGCAGUGUCGAAAGUCCAGCAGUGUCGAAAGUCCAGCAGUGUCGAAAGUCCAGCAGUGUCGAAAGUCCAGCAGUGUCGAAAGUCCAGCAGUGUCGAAAGUCCAGCAGUGUCGAAAGUCCAGCAGUGUCGAAAGUCCAGCAGUGUCGAAAGUCCAGCAGUGUCGAAAGUCCAGCAGUGUCGAAAGUCCAGCAGUGUCGAAAGUCCAGCAGUGUCGAAAGUCCAGCAGUGUCGAAAGUCCAGCAGUGUCGAAAGUCCAGCAGUGUCGAAAGUCCAGCAGUGUCGAAAGUCCAGCAGUGUCGAAAGUCCAGCAGUGUCGAAAGUCCAGCAGUGUCGAAAGUCCAGCAGUGUCGAAAGUCCAGCAGUGUCGAAAGUCCAGCAGUGUCGAAAGUCCAGCAGUGUCGAAAGUCCAGCAGUGUCGAAAGUCCAGCAGUGUCGAAAGUCCAGCAGUGUCGAAAGUCCAGCAGUGUCGAAAGUCCAGCAGUGUCGAAAGUCCAGCAGUGUCGAAAGUCCAGCAGUGUCGAAAGUCCAGCAGUGUCGAAAGUCCAGCAGUGUCGAAAGUCCAGCAGUGUCGAAAGUCCAGCAGUGUCGAAAGUCCAGCAGUGUCGAAAGUCCAGCAGUGUCGAAAGUCCAGCAGUGUCGAAAGUCCAGCAGUGUCGAAAGUCCAGCAGUGUCGAAAGUCCAGCAGUGUCGAAAGUCCAGCAGUGUCGAAAGUCCAGCAGUGUCGAAAGUCCAGCAGUGUCGAAAGUCCAGCAGUGUCGAAAGUCCAGCAGUGUCGAAAGUCCAGCAGUGUCGAAAGUCCAGCAGUGUCGAAAGUCCAGCAGUGUCGAAAGUCCAGCAGUGUCGAAAGUCCAGCAGUGUCGAAAGUCCAGCAGUGUCGAAAGUCCAGCAGUGUCGAAAGUCCAGCAGUGUCGAAAGUCCAGCAGUGUCGAAAGUCCAGCAGUGUCGAAAGUCCAGCAGUGUCGAAAGUCCAGCAGUGUUCUGAAAACCGAUACCAAAAAUGGUCGGUGCCAAUGA